GCCAAUUACCGCAUCCGCUGGUCCUAAAUUACGCCCGUCCCGUCAUCCCAUUUCGCCUGAUUCCCUGCGGCGUUCCAGGCCUGGUAAGAUUUACUUGUUCCUUCUCCUUUUCCCUUCCUAUUUCUCUCCUACUACGAGUGCAUCCAUCUCCUUUUAUCUUCUCCCUCACUUCUUCCUCUUCCUCUUCCUCUCCCCCUUGGGACUCCCCUAGGACGAUCCGAAGACAAAGUAAAAAAAAUUAAAAAAAUCUAAUUAUAAUCUCUAUUCCCACGUCGCUCGUUUCAUCCCCUCCUCGCACCCCUCCAUCUCAACCAUAUCAACGCCUGUUCGUCGUUGAUUAUUUGCCCUUCUACGCCAUACAAACUACAGAAGGAGUCGAGAUUCGCUUCGCAUCGCUCAGCGUCCGUAUUGCAAGAGUCCCCGUGUGGGCCUUCGUUCUUCUUCCCCCUUGAUUCUCGCACUGCAGUUCGCCACCGUCGGGGCCAUGCUUUGCUGUUGAUUUCCCCCAAAAGGUUCACGAUCAAAUGGGCAAAUGGCGCUAUGGAGUGGUCCUGGAUGCAGGCUCAUCUGUAUGUCCUGUCCUCGAGACUAUUUAAUUGCCUUCGUUAUUCGGCAACGUGAUUCGCUAACUAUCGUCCUCAAUUUUUCAGGGGACGCGACUUCACGUUUAUCGAUGGUUGGAAAAUGCGAUUACGCGGAAGCAGGCAGAUGCGAAAGAGUUGAAAUCCUUACCGGACAUCAAGACAGAGGAAGAAUGGACCAAGAAAAUCCAUCCUGGCGUGUCAUCGUUCGCCGAUAAUCCGGAGCAGGUUGGUCCCGAUCACCUGGCGACACUUCUGAAGCAUGCGCGGAGCAUCGUACCAGAUGAUGCUGUUAGAGACACUCCGAUAUUCCUCCUUGCAACUGCCGGUAUGCGGUUGUUAGAUACCCCAAAACAGCGGCUUCUCCUAAACCAGAUUUGUUCCUAUGUCCGCACCAAUUCCGAUUUCCUCCUCCCCAACUGCGAUGCCCAUAUCCAGGUAAUCUCCGGUGUGACAGAAGGGCUGUAUGGUUGGAUUGCCACCAACUACCUUCUGGACAGCUUCGAUUCUCCGGAAACUCACGACCACGGGCAGGGCCAUCAUACAUACGGCUUUUUGGACAUGGGCGGUGCUUCCACGCAGAUCGCUUUUGAGCCGAACGCUACAGAGGCCUUAAAACAUGCAGAUGACUUGAAACUUCUUAGGCUGCGGAACAUCGAUGGUUCCUCGCAGGAACACAAGGUCUUCGUUACGUCGUGGCUUGAAUUCGGUGUACAUGAAGCUCGAAGGCGCUUUGUGACUGCCCUGAAGGAUGCUACUGGACCGGAGCACGUUCACGAACUCCCUGACCCUUGCCUCCCUGCUGGGCUCCAGACCACACUCGAUGGCAAAGCUCUGUCUCCAACGGAACCAGAACCAGGUACUCAUCUCCUGGGAACCGGUAAAUUUGAUGAAUGUCUUCGGCAGACCUAUACCUUGCUUGACAAGGACGCUCCGUGUCCGAACCCGCCAUGUCUGCUGCAUGGAGUUCAUGUGCCAGCGAUCGAUUUCGAUGUGAACCACUUUAUUGGAAUUAGCGAGUUCUGGCACACGACCCAUGAGAUUUUCGAUGUUGGCCACAAAGACAAAGCAUAUGACUUCCAUACGUAUCAGCACCGGGUGGAGGCAUUUUGUUCGCAGGAUUGGCAAGCUAUCGAAGACGGCGUGCUUCACGACAAAUGGGGAAAGAAGAUCAGCCGGGAAGCGGCAUAUGAGGUCUGUUUCAAGGCUUCGUGGAUCAUCAACAUGCUGCACAAUGGUAUUGGUGUCCCUCGUGUGGGCCUGGAAGAGGCUUCAAAUGCCCACAAUGGGACCAAGGAGAGCGUUCCACACGGUGCGAACAAGGGAUACCUCGAUGCUUUUCAGGCUGUGAACAAGAUCCAUUCGACCGAAGUGAGUUGGACGUUGGGCAAAAUGGUCCUCUACGCCUCUUCCCAGAUUCCCCCUGCGGACGAGGAUACCCUUCCGGUGGGUUUCGGUAGCAAUGUACCUGGCAUUCCUGCGGAUUUCCAAUAUCCCAGUGUCGAGCUAGUCCUGGAUACCUCUGCCGGAGAUGUCCAGAGCGAGCAUUGGCACGAUGCACUCUUCCGUGGGCAUUCGUCUCGCAGGAUCCCAGGGUUUGUCCUGUUCCUUUUCAUCAUUAUCCUCGCUGUAUUUUUCCUCUGUGGGCGAAGUCGCCGGCUGCGGGUCUACCAUAAACUCGGGAACCUUUUCCGCCGUGUACGUCCGUCUCAUCCGAAUUACCCAAAGCGGAGGAGGCUUUUUAGCGGGAAGCUUUCCUUCCUCAACUCAGAUCGGCCUUCGUAUGAGCGAGUGCUGGAAGAUGGCAACCGUGAUUUUGAGCUUACUGCGUCCGAAUCCGAUGGGAGUGAUAUGGACGGUGGUCGCCCUUCGGAUGCCGAUUCUAGCCUACGACAGCCGAGGCGAGCGUCGACAUGGGGCAGUAGCACUCCGACUUUGAAGUUCGAUUUGGAUAAUACUUCGACGACCAGUGUCGGAUUGGGAAUCAGCCUGGGCUCGGCGAUGGAUCGGGAGGGUCUGGUGGUUAGGACAGAAAGCCGGGACCACCUGGUUCCUGUAGCCUUGGGCCCGAUGCCAAACGGACGCCGCUCGCGGACGGGCAGUCCGGCAAGACCCCACCAGUAUAAGUCUCCUAUUACGACUCCAUCGGCGGAUGAUUGAUGAUCUACUCCAUGUUACGUAUUUCGUUGAAAUCCCUUUUACUUCCUCGGGUUCGUUCAUCAUGAUGCCUGUGUGAUGUAUGUUCUCUGCGCAAAGACAACUCGCCUGCGACGGGAAAGGUUCUCCAGGAACUGAUCUCGCUUUUCUGUUUCUUCGUCUGGUAUUAUAGGAGUAUAAGGACUUCAUAGCCCGGCUCAGAGCUUCGGUGUUUUCUUUGCUCUUGUUGUCUUCGAGCCGCUUCGGGUUGGCGCUUUUCCCUUUGUUUUGUUGACGCGUUUCCAUACAAAUGACCCCUUUUAAUGAUUCUUCAACUGUACAGAUAGAUCUCAGCCCUGUGUGUACUUCUGCGCUAUAUAAUGUGUCUAUACGGGCGAUUAGCACGUCUCUGCUAAUUGUUUGGUUUGGUCUUCUACUUGGGCUUCUGUUUUGGGAGGGUAAUUGGAAGCAGCACUUGAGUUUUUGGGCCUCUCAUUGCUUUGUAUAUACCAUCCUUAGUGACUCGUCUAAUGGCAAAUGACCAGGCUAUCAAGCAGGUCCAUUGAAAUAACC